AUGACUUCAGAAACCAGCUCUAUACUACCUAUAUCUCCAAGCAAUAAAGAAUUACCAGCCGAGUUACGAUAUAUCCAAUAUGAGCAUUCACUGGAAAAACAAUAUUUACCUUCAAUUCGAGCCUUAAUAUCAAAAGAUUUGAGCGAACCUUAUAGUAUUUAUGUGUAUAGAUAUUUUUUAUAUCAAUGGGGGGAUUUAUGUUUUAUGGUAUUUCCGUUCUCAUGUCCCAAACAAUCUUAUACAAAUCCUAACAUUCCCAGGCACUCGAUCCCUCAAUCCCCCUCACCCCCACUACAACCCCUCCUCUCCACGGCAUCCUAAUCUCCAAACUCGAAACCCACUCUUCACAUUCUCCACCCACUCUCCGCGGGUACAUAGCCAUGCUUGCGGUUUCCUCUUCUUUUCGCGGUCGUGGGAUUGCUACGAAAUUGGUUAAAUUAGCUAUUGAUGCGAUGGCCGCGCGGGGCGCUGAUGAAAUAGUACUGGAGACUGAGGAGGGAAAUGUGGCGGCCAUGAGAUUAUAUGAACGGUUGGGGUUUGUAAGGAGUAAGAAGUUGAGUAGGUAUUAUUUGAAUGGGAGUUGCGCAUAUAGGUUGGUGUUGCAUUUGAAGAGGGUGGGGGAGAUGAGUGGGAUGAUUGAGGGGGAACGGGAGGAUGUUAUUUAGGGUGGGUUUGAAAGGAAUUUUGGAGAUUUUGGAGAGCACCUAGGCGCCGAGAGACAAAUAUUUUGACACCUACCACUACAAUGUGAAAGAUACGGCUGUGGAGGCGAGCUUUGGGUAUGGAGGUGGGUCUAGAUAAGCAGGAGAAAUAUUGAGGGUGUACAAUAAGAUAUUGUGCGGAACCUCAUAACUGCGCGAGAUUUUCCACGCUCAGUAAGCGGACUCGAGCAUGGAAAGGACCUAGACGGGUAAACAAAAUAGACAGUUUAGACACGAUCUACUUCGGAUAGACGAUCAUGAUCAAAUAGAAAAUACGGGGAAAGAAAACUACUAUACAACUAUUCUGGCGGGCCAUAGAAUCAGCCCAUGAAAAGCGGAAGAUAUCUUCGCUCACCCCUUUUUAAAAUAGAUUCCUAUCUUCCUCAUCCCAAAGAACUAAUUCAUCACCUUCGAUUCUC